AUGACAUCUCCAAAGUUGGUUUGCUAUCUGACGUGUCUGUUCUUGGGGGAAAUAGCUCAGAUGACUGAUCUGAAAUUCUCCUCAUCUGUCCGUCAAGACAAAGGUUUUGUGUCUGUUAAUACCGGGGACAGCUUGACUUUACAAUGUUUCUAUGAAGGUGAUGUUGCAGCAAGGUUUUACUGGUAUAAGCAAACUCCCGGACAGAUCCCUAAGCUCAUCUCUACCUUUUACAAAUACGAAAGAAAUGGCACUUUUCAUAAUGAAUUGAAGAACAAUCCACGUUUCACACUGGAUACUGAAAUUGGUAGAAAUCACUUGAAGAUCACAGAUUUGCAGAUUUCCGACUCAGCUACUUACUUCUGUGCCAGCAGCUAUUCAUACAAGUUUGAAUUUGCAGAAGGCAUAACAGUCAGUGUUAAGGGUUCAGGUUUGAACAUCCAAGCUUUGGUGUAUCAGUCGGCAUCUGAGAGCAUCCAGCCAGGAGGCUCUGUGACUCUGAACUGUACAGUACACACUGGGACCUGUGAUGAUGGAGAACACAGUGUUUACUGGUUCAAAAACUCUGAAGAAUCUCAUCCAGGACUCAUUUACACACAUGGAGGCAGGAAUGAUCAGUGUAAGAGGAACACCAACACACAAACAGACACCUGUGUCUACAACUUGCCGAUGAAGAGUCUGAAUCUUUCUCAUGCUGGGACCUACUACUGUGCUGUUGCCUCAUGUGGACAGAUACUGUUUGGAGACGGGACCAAGCUGGAUGUUGAGCAUGAGGUAGACUCUCUUGUCUUGGUGUAUUUCUUGAGUGGAGCUUUAGCAUUCACCACCAUCCUGGUUGUUUUACUGGCUUUCUCAGUUUGUGUUAUCAUCAAAAGAAACAGCUGCCAGUGCAAAGAGUCUAAUGCAAGAUUUUCAGCUUCCUCAACAAUAAAUGCAGAGGGUCACCAAAAUGAAGAAAACAUCCAUUACGCAGCUUUAAAGGAACACAAGGUCAACAGAUCUAGAAAACAGAAGGACAACACCAACACUGAAUGCGUGUACUCAAGUGUAAAGCAGUAG